CAAACAUCACUGGCAUAUUUCGUAAUCAAUUUUUAAGAAUAAUAAAAUUCAAUUUUGUAAUAUAAAAUUUACCAAUGGAUGAAAAUGAAGAGCAAAUCCUCGACUCAGAAUACAAACGUUACUUGGAGAUCAUGCGGCCUUAUUUAGGACAACUACUUGAUCAGGAUGUUAUAGAAAUUUGCAAUGCAUGGAUCCAAAGACUUUCUGAUUGCAAACCAAAAGAAAAAGUAUUCCGCAACAAAUACAUAUUUUCCAUGUGCUAUCAGCUAGCCAGAGGCAUCCUUGAAGAGCCUUUCUUGCAAAAUCCUACAUCUGAAGAACUGACGCCUUUGCAGGAUGGCACGAAUACUGACGACUCUAUUAACGAAUCUUCAGAAGUUGAAUAUCUCGCUCUAGAUUUAAAUAGCACUAAAACAAAAGUUCUUUUUAAUAAAAGUAAUAACCCUGCCACAGAAAUAUCUCACAGUAGUGAAUUUUAUGAAACUGAUCAGAGCAAGGAUUGCCAUGGUGAACAGACGAAUCCUAUCAACUGGAGUAGUAAUUCACAAACAGACGGAAGAGAAGAAACUGUUAUGUGUUAUGAUUGUCCCAUUACUUUUCCAAAGAUUCUAAACAUAGAUAUUUACAACGAUACCUACUACAAUGAUAAACAGUAUGAGCACAGAGUAAACAAUCUCAUUAUGAAACUAAGGGAAAUAAAAAUGCAGAAUUUAAUGUUACAUAACGAAUUAAUCACUUUGAGAGAAAACUCUAGACUUCAACAUAAAUACACUGAGAAUCCUCAGGAUAACAUUAUUAAAGUUGAUAACUCCACAAGUGUUCACAUUCAUACUCAAGAGAGUGCCACCAAUUUAAAUUGCUUGAAAUCUAAACUCCAAGAAGUUCAAAAUUCACGAAACUCUCUGAUAGAAACAAUAAGUAAUUUACAAGAAAAGCUUGACAAUUUUAACGAUAUGAAAAAACAUGAAAUCGAUGAUUUACUAGCUCAACAUAGAUUAGAAAUAAUACAAGUCAAAGCUUCUAUGCGAAAAGAAUUAAAGGCUUCUUAUGAGAAAAAAGUAGAAGAACUAAAACAGUACCAUGAACAAUUUGUCAAAGAUAUUCAAAGCAAGCAUGUGAUAGAAAUAGAAAAUAUAAAAGCUACGACAGAAAGUACACUAGCAGAAAAGGACAAAACAAUUCUAUCUAUGGAAACCGAAACUAAUAAUCUAAAAAAAUACAUCGAGGGGCUUAAGAGUAAUCAAUUCUUUAUGUUUAGUAACUUUUUAGAUCAUUCCAAUAAAAAUCUUAGUCCAAAAUGUAUGUCACAGAAGACCGAAGAACUAGAAAGGCGUCUGAAUAAAAUGGAGAAGGCGAAAAUAAAAUGUGUCAAGGCUUAUGAAUUGAAACUAGCAAAUUUACAAAAGGACAAACACCUGGCGGAGUGUUCGUUGCAGCUGCAGCUAAUGAAACAAAGAGCCCAGGUUUUAAAUGAAACGGCCGAUGAACACCAAACAGAAUUGGCGACUGCAUUGGAUAAAUUAGAAGGCAAAUACAAGGAUAUUGUGGCAAAUGUACAAGCGACGGCUGUCCAACGCAGAAUUCAGGACCAAAUGGCGUUGGAAUCGAUAAUACAAACUGUUUGCGGUGUUCGCAAUGAAGGUUUGCAUUGUAAUAUUGCACAAGCUACGUAUACAGACCAAUUAUCGAACAAAGCUGUGCGUACUCAAGCCAGGGAUGCUAAUCGAAGUUGUGACAAUGAAUUACCGACCAUAAUCAGAGAUAAUAAAGUCGGAAGUGUUAUAGUUGGCAACAAAGCUUUUGCAGAUGACAGCGUUUUAAAUGGCUACUGCCUAGAUAGUGAGAAAUUCAGUGAACUUUAUGAGAGAGUUUGUGUUCCUCAAAGGGAUACUAGCGAAAGCUCUCCUAAAAAUUAAGCAAUCAUGUUUUACUGUUUUGUUUAUUUGUUAGCAUGGAGCAUGCUCGUAGGUGCCCGCGCCAAUAUCUACGAGUAUGUAGUUUGUGUCUCUACGUGUAUAAUUUAUGUUACACAAACUAGCGUACUUUGUCUUCACUUUUUUUAAAUAAAAUUGUAUCAGUUUAGCCUAC